CGUGCUGUGUUUACGUUUCUUGAUCCGAUGAAAAAUACCACCUGCACCACGCUUUUCGCGCUCAAUUCUAUCUGCAUUGCUGCACUUUUCUGAACCUUGAUGCUCACAUGCCUUUAUUUCAUUUAAUUGGCGCACUAUUCCACUUUUUAGCGGGAUUUAAGAUCUGAGAUAUGAGUCGACAGGAGUUGUGUCGACUUUGCCUAAGCAGAAGUGACAACAUCAAGAUUUUUGAUGAGGAAAAUUUUGAACAACUUCCUGAAAAAAUCAGCUUCUCCUUAAACAUAACUGUUUCAGUUUCUGAUGUGAGGAAAACUCUUUGUUCAUUCUGUAAGACGAAGGUAAAUGAAUUCUAUCUAUUCAAGAGAAAGUGCCGUGAAAUUGAAGCAAAGCAGAUUGGAGGGUUAGUGAAGAUUAAAUCUGAGCCUGUGGAGUCUGAGUCUGAUGUCUCAUCAACUUCCAAGUUAACUGAUGCAGUUGAUCCGUUUCUUUGGGUGCCCUUUGGCAAUCCCAUUCUUAUUGAUGAUCUGUCUGCUUCCCUUCCAUCUUCUGUAAGUCCUCUUGGGAAGAUAAAAAUAAAAAGCGAAAAAGUGGAUAUUGAAAACGACAUAGGCAUUGAAAUUAAAAAAGAAGUACUGAAGUCUCCAAUAAAUCCCCUAGUAAGAUCUGUCAAAGAAGAGAAUCCUGAGGAAGACUUAGAUAAGUCUAUUGAUGAUUUAAUUAAUCAGGUAGUAACAGAAUCAGACUCGUCAGGUGAGGACAGCAGGAAAUCUGAAGAGACCAUGAAACAGAACAAAAGUUCCUCGGGAGGGGAGAAUCCUGAGGAGAAGAAAAAGUCAUCUGAAGAGGGGAAUUCUUCUGAGAAGAAAAAAGAUGACACUUCCUCUGAUGAGGAGAAGAGGAAAUCAUUAGAUGAUGACUCUUCCUCUUCCUUUAGCAAAAACGUGUCGACGCGUGGGGGUAGAGGUCGCAAGCGAAGAGGAGGAAGUGUUCGUGGUGGGACAAGCAAAAGGGGACGGGCUCUCCGAAGUGGUGAGACACCCAAAACUCCUGAGAACCAGCCAAAACGCCUUACUCGAAGUAGUACAGGGACAUGCCCUCGUAGAAAAAUUGUAGACAGCAGUGAUGAUGAUGGAGACUUCAACGGUGGCGAUGAUCCAGAUGACCCAGAAUUUAAAACUGCACAGACCAGAUCUAAAUCUCCCACUUCAUCCUCUUCAUCUUCUUCUGAUGAGGAAGAACCAGAAAUUAACAAGAAGAAAAUUAUCAAAAAGGCAGAUUUGUCUGUGCUCCUUCAAUCUGCUAAGCAAGAAAAGGAGGAGGCACUGAAACGUCAAUGCCCUCAUUGUAAAAUGGUUUAUAAACAUUGGGUCUCUUAUGAUGACCAUGUUAAAAAUUGUAAAGGUCCCAAAGAUAAAGAUGGCAAAGACAAGAACGCACCAGAGGAUGAUGACAAGGAGAGGAAAUGCGUCAUUUGUCUUAUUAUGUUCAAAGGAACUCGAGCUUUAAGAGAACACAUGGAAGUUCAUCAGCCGAAAAAAGGACCAUCACAUCAUUGCAAAAUAUGUAAUGAAAAUUUUACUUCUAAAGGUGGUUUAAUAUGCCACAAUGCUCUUAAACAUAGAGCAGGUGUAACUGAACCUAUAAUAGCACCAGAGCGGAAGAAACAUCAUUGUGUACUGUGCAAUGAAACAUUUGAAACUAGUGGCGAUUACAUUUGCCAUCAAGUUUUAAAACAUAAGAAGAAGUGAAAUGUGUGAAAUUGAUUUUAAUAAGUUUUGCUGCUUAGCUUUCUCAAUAUAUUUUUAUUAUUAUUGUUGUGGCAGAAUCAUUGUUUGAAAUGCACUACAGUAUUCUAUUUUUUUCUGUAAUGUAAUUUUAUGUAAUAAUUCCAGUUGAGAUACCGCAAUAAUCCUAGUUUCGACUAAGGAUACAUGCUUGAAAUAUAUGCAGUAUGUUUUAUUUAUCUUUUGGACUCUGCAAGUUCACGGUUUUGGACGUAAUUAUGACCGCCAUGAGGGCACGUCGCUGCUCCAGUUCAAGGCCAAGGUAGCCAACCAUCCUGGAUCCCAGCGAAACACGUGCCGAAAUGUAUCUCAUUCUAUCUUUAAUGAAAUACCAAAACUGGAAUUUGC